AUGGGCCAGUCCAGUAGCUUACAUUCUGGAGCAAAAUCAAGGCGGUCAAGUUUGAAGCAAAUUACUUUGGCUGGAUUUGGACGACGGAGAUUUCAGAAUUCCAAAAAUUUGUCCCAUACAUUUUCCGUACUUGAUGAUACACUUAAGCCACAAUUAUUAAAUUUAAAUACCGCUACUGAAGAAGAAUUGAUGACAUUACCUGGUAUUAAUCGUCACUUAGCAGCUAAUAUUGUCAAUUACCGACGAGUAAUUGGGAGAUUCAAUAGAGUAGAAGAUCUUGCCUUAGUUUCGGGGAUUGGUGCUGAUAAAUUAGAAAGUAUUAAAAUGGAAGUAUACGUACUAACUGGCAAUGACAGUGGUACCUCAUCGCGAGCAUCGACAAGUUUAAAUUCUGUCGGAAAUAAUACUAAUCAAGUAGAUGUUAAUUUAGCUAGUGUGUUUGACCUUCAAGUUGUACCUGGAGUUGAUCAGGAAUUAGCAUCGAGGAUUGUGGAGAAAAGAUUAAAAUAUGGGUGCUUUAAUUCUCUGGACGAGCUCGCGAAGAUGCGAGGAAUGGGAAAACAAAAGUUAGCGAUGUUACGACCGUACCUUAAAUUAAGCAGUAUUUCAAAUGGAUCAGCUGUCCAUACCUGUAGUAAUGGAAGUCCUUCGUCUUCCUGGAACAUUCCUCAAGCUUCCAAGGAAGAAAUUUGGGAAUUAUUAAGUAUCGCUAGUCCAAGACCUUGCAUCGAGUAUAAUUUCAAUGAGUCUUUGGAUCGGACGUCGAUUAGAGUGGCCUCUUGGAAUUUGAAUGGUUUCAAUAGUGACAAAGCUAGCAAUCCAGGAGUAAUGGAAGUUAUUUGUAGAACCAUCUUAGAAAAUCGGCUUUCGUUGUUGGCACUUCAAGAGGUCAAGAGUUUAGAAGCCCUAGAUAAAUUAACGCGAGAAUUAAAUACUCCUGUACUAAAACGUGUUAAGGACUGGCGUGGUAAUCAUCGGCAAUGGCGCUCUGUACAUCUUGGCGCUGGUCUUGCUGUUUUAUGGGACGCCUGUCCAGAUAUGUCUAUCAGUCUUCGCGAACAACCUCCAGCAACUACUGUUUUUCUUCCAGUACUUGCUUCAAUUAUAUUUCACGUAAAUAAAUUCGAUAUUACUUUAAUAAAUGUCCAGAUGCACGAUCCAGAAGACAAUAAUAUUAUUGAACGAUUUGUAGAUGCCAAAAACUCGAUAUUUCUCGGUGAUUUUUCACUUUCUGGUGACACAUCGAAUAUUUACAACGACGUACUUUCCGAAACUAAUACAGCUUUCGACACUGAAAAAUAUAUUUUCAAAGAUAAAAUUGUUUGGGGUCGAGGAUCUAAAAAAUUAUUUAAUACUGGGUUGUAUCGAGUUGUAAGACAGGGGCUUACACAUUUGGGUAUACCACAGUGCUGGCGUUGGGGUGGCCCCGCUUCAACUCACUGUCCAAUUUGGUGUGAAAUUUACACAGAACCUGGUGAUCCUUGA